UUUAUGGUUUAUUGCAGAGACAGCAAGAAAGAUAUUAGAAAGAGACGCGAGUUUGACGAGAAGAACCGACGAUGACGGGCGGUCACCACUUCACUACGCUGCCUUUUUCCCUUUAUUGACAAGUUUUCUAACAGUAAAAGUAUUACUAAAACAUGAUGUGUCCGCAGCCUACAUUGUUGAUUCAGAGAAGAGAACAGCCCUUCACUUGGCCGUCGUUCGAGGCAAUCUGCCAGCAAUGAAAGAGAUUAUGAUCACUUGUCCAGCUUGUUGUGAACUAGUGGAUACCAGAGGUUGGAAUGCCCUUCACUUUUCUGCCACAACUAUAAAAGGACUUGCUGCUAUCUAUUAUAUCUCUCGAUGGAUUCCUAAAUUUGACGUACUUAUAUACGAGAAGGAUAACGAUGGAAACACACCAUUGCAUCUAUUUGCUGCUUUCGGCAAUUUCCCCCAGAAGCAUUUGAGUAGUGAUUGGAGACAUGCGAAAAAGAAGAUGUGUGGCCUUAACAAGCAAAACCUCAGCGUUGAUGACAUCUUGGUAGGAAAUUUUCCUGAAGAAAAGAAAGAGAUUUUGGAAUCAUUGAAAGAUGUACGGAGUGGACCGCUUCAACGGCCCAUACCUAUGAUGAAAGAAGAUGACUUCUCUAUUACUGAGAGAGGAAUCGAGGCUCAUAUAGUUGUAGCGGCACUCGUAGCAACAGUAACAUUUGCAGCUGCUUUCACCAUGCCUGGCGGUUACAAAAACGAACAAGGCACUGCAGUUCUUAUUAAAAAUGCUGCUUUUGCAGUCUUUGUUAUAUCAGAUGCAAUAGCAAUGGUUCUCUCAACUUCUGCUCUCUUCCUGCACUUUUAUUGGGCACUGCUUGGAAAAAGAGGUCAAGUGGAAGAGGAUUUAAAACAACACUUCUCUGAUCGGACAACUAAUUUAAUCAUAUAUGCCAUCCUAGCUAUGGUCAUCGCAUUCAUCACAGGAAGUUAUGCAGUGCUAGCUCCAUCAUUAUGGCUUGCAAUCACGACUUGUUUCAUUGGUGUAGCCUACAUCUUCUUUGCGUCCGCGGCAUUCAUAGUUGACGUACGCUCCAUUUUAAAAUAUUGAAAAUAAACACUUCACAGCAGACUUUAAAAGAGUCUGAUAUUGAAGAAGAUUAUUGAUUCUCAUUUAGCUCGUGUUAUAAACUAUCUUCUCGUCAUCUUCUUGAUGGCAUCAGCUGUAACGUUGGUUUUAUUUAUCCAGAUAUUUCACCUUGCUUUUCA